AUGUGGUACUGCAGACAGGAACACACUGCACUCAUGAGCCUUGCCUCUGAGACCGAGCACCUUCUGGCCCUGAGCAGGAUCAAGCGGGACCACAUCACUGAGCGGGUGUGGAUCGGCCUGCGUCACCUGGAGGACCACUGGCUGUGGGUGAACCACGACCCUCUGGUGUACCAGGCCUGGUCCCAGAGAGGAAAUCAGGACCACCAGUGUCCAAUUUAUAAACGCUGUGGAGCUUUAACCAAAGAGGGAGUGUGGGAGAACUGGGACUGCCAGGACAGACUCAACUUCAUCUGCUAUUAA